UCGGGAAAUAUCACAGUCAAUAAUGAAGGAACAGUAUCAAGAGCACCAGAAGACGAUCUAGUCGACGAAUCGCAGAAGAGAUUUGUUUAUCGUGUCACGUGUUGUGAGUUUUACACCAGACGUUACCUGCAGUCAUUAGCACCUUCGCGGCAGCUCAUCGGUGAUUUCUUUCAAUUUGCGAGAAAAAAAUAGUGUAUUUCUAUCGAACAAUAAUUACACCCUCGGCUUCCGUGUUGAAGUGUUCCUAUCAACUUGACCGACGGAUCUAGCAGCGAAGGCAAUCUGGCAAAAUGUGUGAUAUUUUAUCGGCUAUGUCGUAUGGACGGUAUCCGCACCAGCAACGGCCAAAUAAGAGAAUUAAAAUAAACAUGACGAUUCCGUCGAGACCAGCGCCACCGCCACCGCAGGUAUCGUCCAAUAAGAUCAAUCGUUACAGUCCAGCCACUAGCUGGGAUGAUAUGCCUUUCAAUCCGCAGCGUGGUGGAGUGCCAAUGGCAAACAGGCAGCCACCGCUUUCCGGAGCUCAACCAAACCAAAAAGCAAAGAAAGCUCCGCCUCCAAGACCACCGCCACCGAAAGUGGUACCAGCCCUCAAGAAACCCGGUCAGCCACAGUCCAUCAACAUUUUGUCAAAUCUAUUCGGACAAAAGCGAAACCACAGCGGGCCGAAGCCACCGAUAGCACCGAAAUGUCAAAUACCAGUGAAGCUACCGCCUCCACCAAAAUUACCGCCACCCUUGGGUCAACACGCGCCCAACUAUGGAUCAGUUGCGUCCACACCGAGUAGCGGCCAUGGUUCCACAUACGGAACUGACCUCCAACUAAUAAGUUUCGAUUCACCUCCCAGUUCUCCAACUUUCACUCAAAAGUCGUGCAGUGAUUGUAUCAGUGUGGACAGUUUCAGUUCAGAUUCGAACUAUUCCUCUCCUAACAAUGGAAGCAUGUCGCAAACUGAGAGUGGUUUCGAGGACGAUUUUGUGAAUCAGAACGAAAACCAGCGGUCCAAGACAACAACACCUGCAUCGAUGGCUGCGACAAAAGAUCCAUGGGAUCUUUCGGAUCCCUUCGGGAUGCCACCGCCAGUAACUCGAGCAACCUCAUCCAAUCACAACAUCUACGCACCUCUAAGCUCCGCCACCAUUCGAGCUCCAGCGGUGAAUAGCAAACUGUACGAAUCCGAAUUUGUCGACCCACUGUGCAACGGAAAAACAGUCUUAUCCAAAGUACAAACCGUUGCGAUGCCAACAAUCAUCAAAAAUUCAGCUGUAGGCAGUAGUAGCAGCCAAAAGUUUAGCCCUGCGUUGAAACCGAAACCAACGGUAGCCCCAGUGCAACCGGUAUGGGCCAUCAUUAAACCACCCGUUCCGUUGCCAACGGUGGCCUCUGCCUUCCAACAACAAAAUAGUACCAGUUUUGACGAUGGGGAAGAAUCGUUGGAUUCGCUACCUUCGCUUCCAAUGCCAAACAUUCCACCUCCACCACCACCACCGUGCGUGGAAGUAGCUGAUGCCGAAGAGGUUACGUGUACGGCGAACGUUGGCCGCCAGGAACCGUACGGUAUAGCAAUGUACGACUUCAAUGGGGAAACCGACGAGGAUCUCAAUUUUAGGACCAACGAUAAAAUCUAUCUGCUGAAGCGACUGAACGAGGAGUGGCUGCUUGGCCGGAAUCGGAAAGGUUGUGAAGGGAUGUUUCCAGCCAACUACAUCGAGGUGCGGGUACCCUUGCCCGGAGAGCGUUUGGCCGUCAGCCCCAGCGGCAGCAGCAGCAGCGCGGCCACCAACCAUGGUGAUAUUAGUCCGAUUAGUGCAACCAAUAGCUUUAAACAUCCGCAGGUGCGGGUAUUGUACACGUUCAGCGCAGAAAUGCCGGAAGACCUUACUAUUAUUGAGAAUGAAUACGUGACGGUUAUGUAUCAGCUAAACCAGGAGUGGCUGUAUGGCGAAAGGCACGGCCAGCGAGGUCAGUUUCCGGCCAAUUUUGUUGAGUACGUUCCACCGAACCUACCACCGAUGCCGGCCAGCGGAACAUAAACUCAUCACUAUAUCAGCCUGUGUUACGAAUCACUUUACGCUUGUGGUAGCACCAAUUUGUGAUUGGAAAUUGAAUUUUAGUGCCCGCCCUCGCCACGCUCAGGCCGGUCUGUGAAGGAAUAGAUGAGCGAGGUGUCUAGAUUAUUGAUAUGGUACGCUAUUUUAUCGUCAUAGGUGUAAAUGCGGUUUAUAUAAUCCGGAUAGUGUCGUGGCAAUAUAAAUCUAUCACUUGAGAGCUUUUUAUAGAAUUUUACACGCUAAAGCACUGAACACAGAAACAAACGGAAACUAGACAAAAGCCAUUUACUGAUGAUAGAAGCAAAUCCUUUAGUUGUAAGCAUUUUUGAAAAACAGUCUGUAUAUAUUUUGUGACGUCAUUGGCAUAUUUUGUGCACUUUGUACGGAUUGAGAACAAGCUGUUUAAAAAUUAUGUGGGACUUGUCGUGUUGUAUAAUGAAUUCGUUGUAAGGGGAUGUUUUUUGAUACAUUGUUGGAGUAUGAAUGAAUUUAGUCGGAAUAGAGAAAAUCGCUUUGAAAAAGCUAUCAAUUUGUUUGAUAUGGUAUAGCGAGGAUGAAAUUUCCAGCAUACAAAUGUCGAAUGACUACGUGAUCAUCGGAUAACAGAUAAGAUUAAUCGUAUAGAUCUGAAUCUAGCGAUUUAACUAUUUUGCUACUACUAAAAGAAAUUUAUAAUAUAUCUUGUCUAAACUAUUUUGUAAUAGAUGUAAGUCUAACUGUAACUUAUUAAAAGCAUAAGAUUGACUACGCUGAUCAUCAUGAUGUUUUGUAGGAUUUCUUCUAAUCUUACUCAAUAAAAGUGUGCAUCUUA